AUGCAGCUCCUCGUGCUCAAGAUGACCACAGAUACCAUGGCCGCUUUGCAACGCGCCGACGAGCCGCCGGCGGACGACCAAGACGAACUGCAGAAGCGCGAACAGGCUGCCGGAUCAACCAACUUCUCGCCAGCGACGACCUCAGCCCCGAGCAACGCAAGGAGCUCGAAGAUAACCAAGGCCGACACCGAGAACUACCUGGACUUAAAGUUGCGCCGAUUGAAGGAUGCGCUGCUCGACAAACUGGCCAAUCUCACCAAGUACGGCCAGGAGAAGCAGAAGCUCAACUCGGCUGCCGAGCCUGUUGAAGUGGCACUGAAUACCAUCUUUGACAAGUAUGCCAACCAGGCCCCUCCGCCAUUCCUCGUCGGAAAGGACGACUUGAGCCGCGCCGACGGAGUGAAGGCCUGGCUGGCUGAUUCCGCAGCUGCGAGCCGUGGUUACCGCAAGGGAAUGGCUGCACGACAAUCUGCCAUCUCGCGAAGCCGAUCU